GCAUUAUGUUGUAUCCGCGCCCAUAAGAGAUCUUUCACAUGCGGCAGAUUUUGUUACAGAAAUUCCUGCAGCCUAAAGUCGGUUCUAUUCGCCAGAAAUCCAUGUGCCUGACGCUCCAUUCCAAUCAAUAGAACUAUUUUUCAGACGCGGAAACUUCUGCAAAUAAAGCCGCAGUGUGUGAGCGCGCCCUUCCCGGACCUCUGCGAUGUGGCUGGUGGCUCCCGCCGCUUACAUCUCUCUGUUUUUCUUCCAGAUGUGACCCCCGCUGUAUCAACGCCCUUUGGACAUUAGGUGGCAGCAGCGAGCGGGGAAUAGCUCGGUGCUCGAUUGCUUUGUUAUCCUGGAGUCAGAAGGGGGCGGCCAUGUCGGAUGUAUCUGUGUAACCUGCUGCUGUCAGAGCGGGGAGACCCGCACCCCUCCCAUCACAUCCCCGGGACCGGGGGCAGUCCGUGCCUAAAAUCUCGGGAAAGCCGUUCCUCUCUGGACUGCUGCCUGGGUGGGGAGACCCCCGGAGGUGAGCCGGGGGCGUCCGCCUCCUCCUCUCAUCCGGGAUGUUCUCUAAAAAAACUCACGGGGAUGUGAAGAAAUCAACCCAAAAAGUGCUGGACCCCAAAAAGGAUGUACUGACCCGGCUGAAGCAUCUGAGGAUCAUGAUAGAAAAUGCCGAAUCUAUUGACCUCAGGCAGUUUUUUGAACAGAACUUCUCUCACAUCUACUAUGUUUUCUUUGAAAACUUUGUGAUUAUCGAGACGUCUUUAAAACAAAAAGGUCACAAGUCUCAGCGUGAAGAGCUCGAUGCCAUCCUCUUUAUCUUUGAGAAAAUUCUACAACUUCUUCCUGAGAGAAUUCACCAGCGAUGGCAGUAUCACAGCAUCAGUCUGAUAUUGAAAAAACUGCUUCACACUGGAAACUCCUUAAAGAUCCGCCUUGAAGGAAUGCGCUUGUUUCUCCUGUGGCUUCAAGCACUUCAGAACAACUGCAGUUGGGAGCAGCUCUGCAUGUUUGCAUGUCUCAUCCCUGGUUUCCCUGCGCCACCCUCCGACCAUGGAAUAUAUACUCUGGAUAAUCUUAUCAAUCAGCCCUUGAACCUGCAAGAAAGUCAAGUUGCCAUUGAGGAAAUUACACCACUCGUACCCCCCCAGUCAGGGGACAAAGCACAGGAGGAUCUGACCAGCUAUUUUCUGGAGGCCUUGUUGAAGUACAUGGUGAUACAGGUCCGGAGUCUGGAAUGGCAGAAUAAAGAUAAGGAGGAAGAUGGCUUUGCCUUCUUAUUCUCCAACUUCAAGAAAUACUACAUGCCUUAUAUUUUCCCUGCCAUGAGCAGAGAAAGCAGCCUAUACAACCCCGUACUUGAGAUACCACAGAUAAGACCAAAACCUCACUACAUGCUGGUCCGGAGGGAUGCAGAAAGCAACGAGGCUCAGUACUGCACCAAAGAGCCCUUUCUUAACGCCCGGGUCAUCGUCAUCAGAUGGCUGGUGUCCUUCUGGCUGGAACCCAAGCCCCACACGGGGACUCACAUCCCUGGGACUGAAGGGGAGAAUGUGCCAAAGAAUAUCCAGAGAGCUGCUGCCAGCCUGGCUGCCCAGGAGGAAAGUAGAAAUGAAAAUGGAGAAAGGACAACUGAGCCCGAGCAAUCCCACUCCAAUACCAGCACCCUUACAGAGCGGGAGCCGAGUGUCUCCAGCCUGUGCAGCAUCGCUGAAGAGCACGUCACAGACUACGAGAUCAUCCGCAGGUUCUUCUCCAGCAGACACUGUAACGUCGACUUUCUCAUUGAGAUCUUCCGGCAGUCUUUCUUGUUGCCGGUGUGUGAAGCGGCAGCCAUGCGCAAGGUGCUGAAGGUGUAUGAGCAGUGGAUUAAACAGAAGGAAAAACCCUUGUUCAUGCAAGAGCCUGAUAAGCCGUCUGCCUUAGAGGAAGGCAUUGUCAUAUCUGUUGAGCGGCAGGAAGGUUCUGCUGGGACGGAAAAGGGAAAAGAACGUGAAGAGGAUGCACUGACAGUUCCUCCAGGCAAUGUCCGCCCUGCCAGCUGGUCCCAGUGCCCCCAGGACUCCAGUAGCCCGCUCUCAGAAGCGGACCUCUUUGACAGGAAUGUGAAGGCUGGUGCUCAGGCCGUGUAUCAGGUUUUUAUCGUAAAUGCUGCAAAUAUAAUUUUGCUUGAACCGGCAAAUGACAACAAGACCAUGUUAAAUGAACAUACGGACAUGUGCAAGAGAGUCCUGAACAUCUACCGUUACAUGGUGGUUCAAGUCUCCAUGGAUAAGAAGACCUGGAUGCAGUUGCUGCUGGUUAUGCUCAGGGUUACAGAGUCUGUCCUGAAGAUCCCACAACAGGUUCUACAGCAAUAUCAAGGCAGGAAGAAUCAGAUUUUGGCUGGCCGGUUGGCGGGACCCUUGUUUCAGACACUGAUUGUGGCCUGGAUUAAGUCCAGCCUUCAUGUUAGCGUCUCCCGAGAACUGUGGGACGAUUUAUUGGCAGUUAUGUCAUCGCUGACGUACUGGGAGGAGCAGGCCACAGAGUGGGCUCACACCAUGGAAACGUUAACCAAAGUGCUGGCCAAAAACGUCUACCAUCUUGACUUGAACGAGUUGCCAUUAGACAAGCUAAGCGAGCAAAAGCAGAAGAAGCACAAGGGCAAAGGAGGCGGCCAUGAAUUUCAGAAAGGUGCAGUGGAUAAGUCGUUCUCACGAGGGUGGAGCAGAGAGCAGCCCGGCCAGGCUCCGAUGCGCCAACGCAGUGCCACUACCACCGGAUCUCCUGGCACUGAGAAAGCCAGAAGUAUUGUGCGGCAGAAGACUAUUGAAAUGGACGACGCCCCUGUCCAUCCACGCGUUCCCCGAGUAAGGCAUUACUCCCAGAGUGAGGAGACCCCUACGGAGACAUUUGGAGGAGCCAAUGAGGAAACCUCAACUUUACCUCGCAGCAGCAGCACAUCUGACAUCCUGGGGCCCAUGGCGGCUGAGAGAGUCAAAGGUGCAGUGCCAGUUGCAGACCAUCCCUCCCCUCAGACUUUGGACCCCCCUUGUGCUAACACACACGGUCAGGAAGCAUCCCUAACACAGGCGGAUGGCAGUAUAUAUGAUCACCUUUGCCAAUUGACUGGCUCGGCUGAAUUGACAGAUGCAGAAUUUGAGCAGGGCUGGUAUGAGGAAUUGGAGGGAGGAGGAGACCUUUUGCCUUUUUUAAGGGAGUAUUUCAAAGAGCAAAGCAUGCAAGGUGAUGAGAUGGAAAAAAGCAAGGUCGGGUCUACUUUGGUGGAUCAUAAAAAAGAGCACCUUGAUGAAUCAGAGUUGUGCCCUAAAGGAGACGGCCGUACAGUGUUAAUCGAGGGGCUCCAUCACCCACCACAGGCUGAGAGUGGUUCAGGUUUAGAGGGGCACGUAGCCAGGAAAUCGGGGGGUUUGAAGGUACCUGGUAGAUCGAGGGAUGUUCAUGUGAGGAUUCAGGUUGACGGAGAGUUAAACGAAAGUAAAUCUGUUCUGGAGCAAGUUGACCGGAAGAGAGGUCUGUUUAGACAAGCUGCAGCAGAGGAAGAUGAUGUUCCUGAUCUGCAAUCUUCUCAGCCUCCUCAAUCUUCAGGUGGUGAACACGGGGCCAACAUAAAGAACUUGUGUGAGUCUGUGACGCACAAGGCCAAAGCAAUUCGCCGAAAACGCAACAGUGUGCAGGUCUCUUUCCGUCCUUCGACUGAGGCGGUGCUUUUCUACAAUUCUAUGGAGAACAAAGAUGCCCCAUGGAAAGCCAGGCUGCGCAAGAUAAGUGGCUUGAGUUCAAACUCCUCCAUAGUUGUGGAUACAGGGAAGCCCACGGCAUCCGCCGCCACGGGUGCAGUGAGAGUAGCGUCAGGCGUUAGCCAGUCAGGGACUGACCAAACUGGUGUUCCCUACCCUCCAACACAAGUGCAUAAGGAACCUAGCCGCACCAGGCCGCGGUCUAGCAGUCAAGAGAGAGCCUCUUCUCAUGCGUCUUUAGGAGGCGUAUAUAAAUCUGUUGUUCAUGCUCUCUCAAAACCUAAGGCCAGCGUGUCCCUGCAGAAGCAGCAAAGGACGGCAGCCGAGGCUCCACUGAAGGACCUGUACGGUCAUGUAAUGGGCUAUUUUGGAAGGAAGGCAGCAGCCACCAAAGAGGAUUUAGCUCCCCAAAUAAAUUCUCUGAAUAGUGAUAUCAACUCGAGCUCCAACAUCCCCGAUCUGAUGGAUGAAUUCAUAGCGGAGCGGCUGAGGUCAGGCACAGUUCCGAAUUUGACAAGAAGAGGUAGUAGCCCCGGCAGUCUUGAGGUCCCUAAAGAUUUGCCUGACCCACUAAACAAACCUAGCCAAAUGCGUCCAGUAGAUGAUCCUGGUGUCCCAUCUGAAUGGACCUCUCCAGCCAGUGCUGCCAGCAGUGAUCUGUUAAGCUCAGACAGCCACUCCGACUCAUUCAAUGCCUUUCAGUAUGAGGGGAGGAAGUUUGAAGCUGGUUUCCCAUUUGGCAGCGAUUCAGCAGCUCCUCUCACCACAGAGACAGAUGCCGGGUCCAUACAGCUAAGCACAGAAGAACAAGAGGUUGUAAGCCUGACCACUCUCCAUAUUGACUCCGAAACCAGCAGUCUUAACCAGCAGGCCCUGUCUGCAGAUGUGCUGGUUACUGCAGGCUCUGAAAAUGCGUCUCCUGCCGUCUCUGCUCAUGGCUCACGCUCGCAAACGCCGUCUCCUGCUGUGUUUCCUUCUGAUCAGACAGAACUGCAUGAGAAGCUUCAACAUUCGGUGUUGCAGACGCCAGACGAUAUAGAGCCUUGUGAAUUCCCGCUGGAAAGCUGCAGCGUAAUGGCAGGUGGGACGCUAACCGGUUGGCAUGCCGAUGUAUCGACAGUUAUGUGGAGGAGAAUGCUAGGAAUCCUGGGAGAUGUCAAUAAUAUAGGCAACCCUGAAAUCCAUGCGCAGGUUUUUGACUAUUUAUGCGAGCUGUGGCAGAACCUGGCCAAGAUUCGAGACAAUUUGGGGAUUUCUUUGGAUAAUAUGUCAUCUCCUCCCCCACCUGUACUUAUCCCACCCUUAAGGAUCCUCACCCCGUGGCUUUUUAAGGCCACAAUGUUACCAGACAAGUACAAACAAGGGAAACUCCAUGCCUACAAACUGAUCUGCAAAAUUAUGAAGAGAAGACAAGAUGUGUCUCCAAACCGAGACUUCUUAACGCACUUUUACAAUAUUAUGCACUGUGGUUUGCUCCAUAAUGAUCAGGAUAUAGUAAACACCAUCAUCAAGCACUGCUCUCCUCAGUUUUUUUCACUGGGGCUCCCAGGGGCCACCAUCUUAAUUAUGGACUUUAUUGUAGCAGCAGGAAGAGUUGCUGCCUCAUCUUCUUUGAAUGCUCCACGUGUGGAAGCUCAGGUCCUUUUAGGAUCUCUGGUCUGCUUUCCUAACCUCUAUCAGGAGCUCCCAGCCCUGCACCCUACCGGCUCUGAAAUUGUCAUGUCCAAGUUCACAGAUGUAAAGGAGCUCAACAAUCAAAACUGUUCUAAACUCUGCCAGAGAAGAGCCAUCUGGCCUGCGAGAUGUGUAGCACUGUGCAGCCUUGGGAUCUGGAUGUGUGAGGAGCUGGUCAAUCAGACACGUCAUCCACAGAUCAAAGAAGCGCUUAAUGUCAUCUGCGUGUCCCUCAAAUUUCCCAACAAAGUUGUUGCACAAGUGGCCUGCAGCGUGCUGAACAUCCUCCUCAGUUACGCCCCUCAGCUGCAGAUUUACCAUCCGGACUAUCCGCUGAAGAUUAUCGAGAUCCUUCUAGCUACUGUGACACAUCUCUUGCCAACUGCUGAGACCUCUUCAUAUGAACAAGAUAAACGAUUGAUCGUGUCCCUGUCUGCUGCCUCGCUUCUAGAAUGGAUGAUCAUUACCGCUCCAGUAUUACUGAAGCCAGUGCAGCAUUCUGGCGGGAAACAAGGAAGGGAAAGUUCUGUAUUGCACUGUGCUUACAAGGUUUUGCAUGACUGUAUUUAUGGCUCGCAGCAUUUCAGCAACCCGCGGUACUUUCCCCUGAGCCUUUCAGAUCUGGCAUCUGAAGACUAUGAUCCCUUUUUGCAGCUGGAAUGCCUGAAGGAACCAGAACCCCUCCACUCCCCAGAUUCAGAGCGGUCCACUAAACUACAGCCGGUCACCGAAGUGAAAACCCAAAAGCAGCAAGGCUUGAUCCCAGUAGCAGCAAGAACCGUUAUCUCACAUCUGGUGAACCACCUAGGACAUUAUCCCAUGAGUGGAGACCCUGCCAUGCUGACUAGCCAGAUCUGUGAGAAUCAUGACAACCCCUACAGUGAAAGCUCUGACCUCUCCCCACAGCUCUUCCAUAGCCCCAACCUUCAGUUCUUUGUACUGAAUAAUACCACACUAGUGUCCUGCCUGCAGAUCCCAGCAGAGGAGAAGCUGCCUCCUGGUGAGGAACUAUCUUCUGCUAGUUCAAUGGUUCGCAUUAUCAUGAGGGACCUUUCGGGCAAGUACAGUUGGGAAUCUUCCAUCCUUUAUGGACCUGCCCUUGAACAUUCAGGACAAAAAUCUCAGUGGUCUUCCCUUCUUCCUGCCUUUAAUGCGUCUUCUGUUACUGUAGAAGAAGAACAGUCAACAGGCCAACGGGAGUCUGAGGAACACUCCUCGGUUCAGUCUAGAAGAAGAGGCAUGGAAGCUCUGCCUUUAUGGGACAGCUUGUCAGAUGAGGAGGAUGCUCUUGACUGCCUUUUGCAGUAUCUGGGAGCCACAGGUCCUGAGUGCCUUCAAAGAGCUGGAGUUCCUCUAAACGUUCCCUCUCCACCACCUGCCUGCUUUUCUGAAAAACUGGAGAAUGAGGUCAGUAAUGCUAUUUUAAAGCAAAGCGCAGAAGAGAAGGAAUUUGUAGAGAAGCAUUUCAGUAACCUCCACAUGAGAGCAAUGCCUCAAGAGGAACCAGACAACCAAAAACCAGAGUCAGCCUUCUACUACUCCCGACUGCUGCUCAGCAUUUUAGGCAUGAACUCCUGGGAGAAAAGGAGAAACUUUCAUCUUCUCAAGAAAAAUGAGAAGUUGCUUCGAGAACUGAGGAAUCUAGAUUCCAGGCAAUGCCGCGAAACACACAAAAUAGCAGUUUUCUACAUUGCUGACGGGCAGGAAGAUAAACACUCGAUACUCUCCAACACGGGCGGCAGUCAGGAUUAUGAGGACUUUGUGGCUGGGCUUGGAUGGGAGGUGAAUCUAGCUAACCACUGUGGCUUCCUGGGAGGGCUUCAGAGGAACAAGAGCACUGGACUGAGCACUCCUUAUUUCACCACUUCUAUGGUAGAAGUCAUGUUCCAUGUGUCCACUCGGAUGCUUUCUGACUCAGACGACUGUUUAACAAAAAAGCUUCGCCACCUCGGCAAUGAUGAAGUGCAUAUCGUCUGGUCGGAGCACAGCAGAGAGUAUCGUCGAGGCAUUAUACCCACCGAGUUCGGGGAUGUGCUACUAGUUAUCUAUCCCAUGAAGAAUCAUAUGUUCAGCAUCCAGAUUAUGAAGAAACCCGAAAUCCCUUUUUUUGGACCACUUUUUGAUGGAGCCAUUGUGAACGGUAAAAUACUUCCAGGCUUGGUUCGGGCAACCGCAAUUAACGCUAGCCGAGCGCUGAAAUCUCUCAUCCCAUUGUACCAGAACUUCUUUGAGGAGCGAAUGCGAUAUUUGAAUCUAAUCAUCCAGCAACAUUUGGAGCCAACCACCUUUGAAGAUUAUGCUGCGCAAGUCUUCUGCCCAGCUCCAAACCAUAACCACCAUCAUCUAAUGAAUGCACGCUUUUACCCAAGCGAUGAACAGAAUGAGAUGGUGUUGACUCAGGGUGAGGGUUCAGAAUUGGCGUCCCCCUAUGUCACCCCGGACCAGCAAAAGCCGCAUGUCUAUUAAGCUACGCCGUUCCUCUGGCUCUGCCAACAAGUCCUAGUUUUCCUCUUAUCACCUUGGAUGGGAUUUGCCAUGUGCAGGGGAUGUCGGGCACCACCACAUUCAUGUUUGACUUUGUGGCCAGGUCACUCUCCCUACAGUUUUAUCCCAAGUUUUUUUUUGUGUCUUUUUUUUUUACACCUCACUAUUUUGAGUGAAUAACACUGGACUUUUUUAGAUAUAAUUUAAGAUUUUAUGUCUCUGUGGUUUUAAAUGGUUCUGUACAAUGCAGGGUGCCAUAUGUAUAUCUGCUGCUUUAUCACUUCUUUCUCAUUCUCGGUGUCCCCCGGGUCCACACACUUUCCGCACCCCAGCAUGUUGUAUAUUUUAUUUUGAUAUUCUUGCCUCUUCUUAUUAUUGGAGGCUUGUUCAGCUGACUUUUGUCUUUUCUUUGGACCAUCCUAAAAAAUCCUAUAGAUAUUUUCGGUUAAUCUGGUUUUACAAGAAAAUAUGUUAUGCAGCAAUAUCUAUAUAAGGUGUUUUUUUUUUUGUUUUUUUUGGUCCAAUGAAACCAGAUAAAUAUUAAAUGUAACAUGACUAGUCACGUAAUAUUUUUAAUACAUGUAUUAUUUUGUUACUAUAUAUACAUAUAUAUAAUAUAUUCCUUUCACGGGCCUGCGUCAUGUAUGAGAAUGUCAUGAAAGGAUUCGCCUUUUCCUUUGGGCUGUUGUCAUAUAUGGGGCUGCGAUUUCUUUUCUAUUUGCCUUGUACUAGGGGGUCAUUCCAUGAUGAAGAAGAGUCCCUUUCAGGUUAUUUUAUGCUUUUAUAUGCUGGAAUCAGUAGGUUCCAUUCAUUUUAUUACACAUGGCCUUGUAUAUGCAAUGGAGAAUGUCAAAUGCCAUGGCCACGUAUAACUAUAAUGCUGACUGCGCUCAUGUACGAGAGCGUCCCCCUGUGGCCCUUCUGUUCUUGCAACCACAGAGGACACGCUCUUGUAAUAAAUGCUUCUAGCACCUUCACUAGAGAUGCCAAAGGACUGAGCAGAGACUGGUCUGAUAACAUUUCACCUGCUGGCCGAGUAGAUAGUGCUGCUUCCAUUCUCCACCUUGUCUUAGGUUUGCUUUUAAUGACUCCACGUUUUUUCGAGCACUGACCUCUACAUCCACCAUGUCACUCUUAAGUUAGGCCAUGAAUAUAUUAAUGAAUGCAUUGUUUUCAUGUGUGUCACAAAUAAUAAAUCUAAAACCAUU